UAGUGUGCGGCAUUAGUCGAGUGGAGUUGUUCAAAAAACAACAGAAAAUAUUUUCCAUGCAAUUAAUACGGAAGAAAAACAAUGUAGAAUAAUAUUGUUAUCUGUUAACUUUGAUGGUGGCCGCUGCAAAUGUCUUAAUGUUCAUGAAAGAUAAUCUUAUAAUGUUGGAUAAGUAUGUACUUGAUUUGAUAAUCAGAUAUCCCGUAUUAAAAAUGUAGAGUCUUAUAAAACGCUUCGUCUUCCCAACUGACAUAACUCUUCGUAGACUCAGCGCUAUAUCACUAUACUUAACUAUUACACGACACUAUGAUGGCAGAAAGCAAAGAAAACGUUUCAACGGUAAACACGACCGAAGAAAGCGAGUAUUGGGAUGAGGAGAUCAUUGAAAGGUACAGAACUGUAAUCAUCGUUCAGGUGGCUUAUCUGUCAUUUCUCUGUGUAUUUGGUACGACUUUGAAUAUGAUCGUAAUAUUCAGAGCUCUGCGUUACAGAAACAGCUUGCUAACAUCGGGAACUUAUCGAAAAAUUUCAAUCGAUUCGACGAACAUGUUUGUUAUCAGUCUAGCAAUAGCGAAUCUUGGCACGUCAACUUUUUCAAUCGGUCUAAUAAUACUGCCGCUGUAUUUCAAAAAUAUUCCCGUCACCAACUUUGCGUGUCGUUUCAUUUGGCCAAUUCGUGAACUUUUUUACGCUGUCUCUUGCUUCUCUCUCACUCUCAUCGCCGUCAGCCGUUACUUCAUUCUCUUUAAGACUUUCCAAAACAGAAAGAUAUUUCGCUAUCCCAUCUUAAAUAACAUUGUACUCUGGCUGUUCUGUUAUUUCGUCUUCGCGUUUCCAUACAGUCGAGGGUACAAACCGGAGCAAGUGAACGACAUAUUGAUUUGUGAUACGACUAACUGGUCAACAUUGCAAGAGGAGCGGGGUUAUAUAACAUUUGUCGUUGUCGCCCAUGUCGUCAUACCAACUAUGUUUGUCGGUAUAAGUUAUAUUGGCAUAAUAACACGACUGAAGCAUGCAAGUAACAUGAUAGCACCGUUAUCCACGAUUAAAAUGGCACAUCCAAAUGAAGAUAUGUUGUCGACGGUCGUCAAAAGUCAUCGAGCAGUAAAAAUCUCCCUUCUCUUACUUCUCAGUUACAUGAUAACGUUCAUACCGAUUGCUUGUCUUCUUCUGUUCUUGCAGUACAAAGAAAUAACAGAGGAUAUGUUUCCUGAGAUCGAGUACAUAUAUGUAAUAUGUACUUGUCUGGUGAACUCUGGAGUUGUCAUGGACCCAGUUAUUCUCAUGUUGAGCAAUAGGGGUUAUAGACCCAAUUUACGUGCACUUAAAAACUGCUUUCAGACAUAG